GUGCUUUCAGUAUGUUCUUUCUUUACAUCAGGGUAAUGAAAUUAUGCAUAGAUCAUCUAGAUAUAAUUAUUUCAUGCUCAUCAGAGAUAAUUAAUUUCCCCAUUAUAUGCAUGUUUGUAACCCGUGGCUCCACAGAUUUGUCACAUCAUUUCAUGAAAUCAUACAUUAUUUAAUCAUUUGAAAUGUGAUUGAUUUUUGUGAUAGCACGUGUACCAAGGGCUUUCAGACAAAUUUAAUUCCACCUCCAAACAUGCUUUAUUAGAUGAAUUAGGGAUCCUAAAUAACCCCGUGACGUGGACUUCCAUAAAUGGUGUGUGUAGGCUUGGCUGGGAUAAGUGGAUUACACAUUAUCUGCUGCUUCUCCCGCUCUUUGUACUGAGCCCGGCAUUGCCCAAACGAGCUGUGGACUCGAAACAAAGUCAAUUUGGUUUGGCAGACCCGGCUGCUGAUGGCUGCCAUGAGCCUGGGUCACCUGGACAUGAACUUUAUUUAGGUUACUGCUGCCUCCUGGAUUAAAUCAAAGAUUUAUCUGGACUCUGAACAUUGACUGAAUGUGCCAGCCAAAUCCUACAAAUGAAUAACCAUCAGUCAACAACUGAUGACGUAUUUUGACUGUUUUUCACUUUAUGUCACCAGAAAUAGGAGGUCGGAGAGACUGUCACUUGUUUAAUUCCCCAUAAACAAGAAAUGUUUCAAAGGCAGUACAGCUGGUCCAGUUUUGUUCUGUCUAGUGAUGUAAUUAUUCUAAAACAGGAUGUAAUUUAACACAGGGCCCCGUAAUGUUACCCAGCGGCACAGGUCUUUUCAAUGAAGAAUACUAUUAAUAAAACGCCAGAAAACAACUGGUCUUCACUCCAUCUUUGUCAGGCAGCAAAGUCACUGCAACAAAAUGGCAUUUCAGUUCAUAAUUGCCUGACCCUUCAUUCUCCAGGUCAGCUGGGAGAGCAGCAGCAAACACCAAUGCAAAUAAUCAAAGAGGAGGAACUCUGUUAGGAAACACUGUGUUGUCUCUGAGUUAAAGUACACUGAAUAUAUUCUUCACAUGGGUGUAAACGUUUGGUUAUAUACAGUACGCUAUGGCUCAUGUGAAUGAAUAUAUUAACCAAAUUAGACAUGCUGAUGAAAGAGGACGCUGACAAAGAUUUUACAAACCACAUAAUGAUGCUCUGAUCUUUAGACCUGCACUGUUCUGUCUGGUAGAUCCUCCUGCAACUCGUGUCCACUCCAUUUUCCCCUUCUCAGUGGCGUGUUUGUCGUGAUUGAUAAUACUGCUCCGUCUGUGCCACUGGUGUGUGUACCCCUUAUCUAGGCAGUACUGGCACCUUUGGGUGCAGCAUGCUGCUGGCUGGGCACAAGAAGCACCGCCUGACACACGGGGGGCGUGUCAAACCGUGCCUGCUCUUUGGAUCUGGCACCUUCGCUGGCACCUGUCCUACUUGCACCCUCCGGCGAUGACAAUAGAGUCAAGUCAGACUAAGCUAUGAGUCAGUUUCGGGUGUUAGCGGGUGUGCUGAGGGGUGGGUGUGUUGGGGGGAGUCAGUGGCUGCGUGCAUGUGGAGGGGCCCCGGCCAGGCGCCUGGUUGAUCCCAGGAGAGGCUGCUCCUCAGGGGCUGCGCCUGAUGUCUCAGCAGUGGCCAGUAGCUCCAGCUAUGUGGAGGAGAUGUACUUUGCCUGGUUGGAGGAUCAUAAAAACGUCCACGAGUCUUGGGACGCAUUCUUCCGUAACAUCCAGGCCUCCAGUCCGUCUGGCGAGGCGGGCGAGCAACGCCCCUCCGCUCUGCUCCAGGGCCGAGUGCUGUCCCACUCACCAGACAUGGCACAGAAAGUGGUGGAGGACCACCUGGCCGUGCACACUCUCAUUAGAGCCUACCAGAUUCGUGGCCACCAUGUUGCCCAGUUGGACCCGUUGGGAAUCCUGGAGGCUGACCUGGACUCUUUCGUUCCCUCCGACCUGAUCACCACCAUCGAUAAGUUAGGUUUCUACGGUCUUGAUGAGUCUGACUUGGGUAGGACCUUUCAACUGCCUCCCACCACCUUCAUCGGAGGAGGAGACACCACUCUCCCUCUUAAAGAAAUUAUACACAGACUAGAGACAACCUACUGUGGACACAUAGGAGUCGAGUACAUGUUCAUCAACAAUGUGGACCAGUGUCAGUGGAUUCGUCAGAAAUUUGAGACUCCGGGAAUCAUGCAGUUCACUAAUGCUGAGAAGAGGACUCUGCUGGCCCGCCUGAUCAGAUCCACACGGUUUGAGGACUUCCUGGCCAGAAAGUGGUCAUCAGAGAAACGUUUUGGUCUGGAGGGCUGUGAAGUGCUCAUCCCUGCUCUCAAAACCAUGAUUGACAAGUCGAGCAGCGCCGGCAUCGACAGCGUGAUCAUGGGGAUGCCUCAUCGGGGUCGACUGAAUGUCUUGGCCAAUGUGAUCCGUAAGGACCUGGAUCAGAUCUUCUGUCAAUUUGACCCCAAGUUAGAGGCUGCUGAUGAGGGUUCAGGUGAUGUCAAAUACCACCUUGGGAUGUACCACGAGAGGAUUAACCGUGAGACAGAAAGGAACAUCACACUGUCACUCAUGGCGAACCCCUCCCACCUGGAGGCGGUGGAUCCAGUGGUUCAGGGCAAGACCAAAGCUGAGCAGUUCUACAGAGGGGACACUCAGGGAAAGAAGGUGAUGUCCAUCUUGAUACACGGUGAUGCUGCUUUUGCUGGACAAGGAGUUGUGUAUGAGACUUUCCACCUGAGUGAGCUCCCCUCCUACACCACACAUGGUACAAUCCAUGUGGUGGUCAACAACCAGAUUGGCUUCACCACAGACCCUCGAGUGGCCCGCUCCUCACCCUACCCCACUGAUGUGGCUCGGGUUGUCAAUGCACCCAUCUUCCAUGUGAACGCUGACGACCCCGAGGCAGUCAUGUACGUGUGCCGGGUGGCUGCAGAGUGGAGGUCCACCUUCAACAAGGAUGUAGUCAUCGACCUGGUUUGUUACAGGCGCUUCGGCCAUAAUGAGAUGGACGAGCCCAUGUUCACCCAGCCACUGAUGUACAAACAGAUCCGUCGGCAGGAGCAUGUGCUGAAAAAGUACUCCAACAGGCUCAUUGCGGAGGGAGUGGUGACGCUGCAGGAAUUUGAGGAAGAAGUUGCCAAAUAUGAUAAGAUAUGUGAGGAGGAAUACGCCAGCUCCAAGGAUGAAAAGAUUUUACACAUUCGGCAUUGGCUCGAUUCCCCCUGGCCAGAUUUCUUCACAGCAGAGGGAGAGCCCAAGAGCAUGAGCUGUGUCCCCACAGGACUGGAUGAGGAGGUUCUGCAGCACAUUGGCCAGUCAGCCAGCUCAGUGCCUCUGGAAGAUUUUAAAAUCCACCCUGGUGUGUCUCGUAUCCUGCGUGGUCGCGCUGACCUGGUGAAGAAUCGGCAGAUGGACUGGGCUUUAGGAGAGUACAUGGCCUUUGGUUCCCUUCUCAAAGAUGGCAUCCAUGUACGACUCAGUGGACAGGAUGUAGAGCGGGGCACCUUUAGUCACCGUCAUCAUGUCCUGCAUGACCAAGAGGUGGACAAACGAACCUGUGUUCCCAUGAACCACCUGUGGGACAACCAGGCUCCUUAUACCGUCUGCAACAGCUCCUUGUCAGAGUACGGAGUGCUUGGUUUUGAGCUUGGCUUCGCCAUGGCCAGUCCGAAUGCUCUGAUCCUCUGGGAGGCCCAGUUUGGAGACUUUCACAACACAGCCCAGUGUAUCAUUGACCAGUUCAUCAGCCCAGGCCAGGCCAAGUGGGUCCGCAACAAUGGUAUUGUCCUGCUGCUGCCACACGGGAUGGAGGGAAUGGGUCCAGAACAUUCAUCAGCUCGACCUGAACGCUUCCUGCAAAUGAGCAAAGAUGAUCCCGAUCACUUCCCUGAGUUAAGUGGAGAUUUUGAAGUCCAGCAGCUGUACGACUGUAACUGGAUCGUGGUCAACUGCUCCACGCCUGCUAACUACUGUCAUGUGCUCAGACGGCAGAUUCUGCUGCCAUUCAGAAAACCGCUGAUCAUUUUCACACCAAAGUCUCUGCUGCGGCACCCCGAUGCAAGGUCCAGUUUUGAUGACCUCGCCAAAGGCACUACAUUCAAGAGGUUGAUUCCAGACGAGGGCCCUGCAAGUCAAAACACAGCGCAAGUGAAGAGGGUGAUCUUCUGCACUGGCAAAGUCUACUACGAACUGGCUAAAGAGAGGAAACAGCAAAAACUGGACAAAGACAUCGCCAUCAUCAGACUUGAACAGAUCUCUCCAUUCCCGUUUGACCUGGUCAGAGCAGAGGUAGAGAAAUACGGCAACGCUCAGCUGGUCUGGUGUCAGGAGGAGCACAAGAACAUGGGUUACUAUGAUUACGUCCGGCCGCGUUUCCUCACAGUGGUGGCCAACAAGAGGCCUGUAUGGUAUGUGGGACGGGACCCUGCUGCGGCUCCUGCGACAGGGAACAAGUCGACCCACCUCAAUGAGCUGAAGAGGUUCAUGGAUGCAGCUUUCAACCUGAGCGCCUUCCAGGAGAAGGACGUAUAGUUGAGAACUGGAGCAAGACUGGAGGUGCAGUUUCAUCUCCAACCAUCAUGGUCUAUUUUUUAAGUCUUUUUGUCAAACUCUUUUAGCUUUGUGACAAUCUGGAGCUUAGCCUUUUUAGUAAACAUGAUGUUAACCCUUAAUAUUCUUAUGUUAGAGAUAGAUGACUUAUGCCAAGACCGCACUGCACAACGUUUAUGUCUUGGUCACUGUAACAGAUUAUGUGAUCAUCGUUCAAUCCUGACAAAAGGCACACAUUUGGACGCACUAGUUUUCCCAGGGUCUCAAAAGUGUCCUAAAUGCAGCUCGUUCUCCUCUGUGACACGUGACAGGGGAUACAAGGACAAUUUGCUGUGCCCUGGCUGUGCACCAUGUCAAGUGAAAUCAAGUCUUUUUCAUUUAUACAGCCCAACUCCUCCUCUAUCAAAAUUGGGCCAUUUUUGGGCUGAUAUCAUGUAGUCUAAUUUCGGCUUUACUGGACCUGCACUUUAUUCACUCGACACUAUUCAACACAUAGGCUUUAUGAGGGCUUUAACACAAUACGCAUAGUAUAUGUACACACCCCAAAACCUUGUCUAAAGAAAACCAGACACAAAUUUUCAGCCUCUAAACGGUGCUACACCUCCAACACCUUCAUUAUAUGAAAAAAGUGUUACACAAACAUGAAAUAUAAGUCACAUAAUUAUCACCUAGUUGUGUGGUGAAGUAGCAACAGCACACUUGUGACAAUCACUGUUAUUGGAGUAGCUUUAAUACCCUAGAAACCUCCACUGCUGCCAAGCUGAAUACUAGUUUAUAUUUUUAGUAUAGAUAUAUAUUUGUAUUGAUUUUGUAGAUGAAUAUCAGAAGCUAUAAGACGCACACAAAACACCAACCGGUGUGUUUAAACAAUGAAUGUGGAACACAUAUCACAGGUAUGAAGACUGUUUUGCAAUUUAACACAUCAGUAGCUUUAGUGCCUGCAUUUGCUCCGGCUACCUUAGCUGUUGUUAGUGAAGGAGUGUGUAUUUAUUUUCACACUUCACUUCACCAGGAGACAUGAGCCAGCUGGCACCGAGACUUGAAGCCAUGUUUUCUUCUUAGGACAUAAGGCUCAGCUUCCUCUUCGGAGGCUGAGGGAUGCGCACACACACAUAAACACGGCAAAGCUUUGAGAGCAAUAUUGAUGCUUGGUUGUCACAUUAAAAUCCCCAGGUAUUUAACAGAAGUGAUAUUAGUUAACACUGUGCAUAGAAAUGUUCCAUAAAAUGAUGUUUCCUGUCUAGCAGUUAUACUGUAGCUCACCUUUUCCACUUCCAGCUGAGAGAUUUAACCCUAAUCUAUGCACAAACGUAAUUUUACAUAUGUAAUUAUUUUUGUUAAAGGUUUAUGUGUGUUAGAUUUUUAAUGAAACCAUUAUAUCCACAUAUUAGUGUGGCCAUUGAGACAUAUGCACGCACUUACCCUGGGAAUAAUAAAACACGCAAUAAAAUAUAUUUAAGUGUAAUAACGUGCUUUGGUCAUGAUUUCUGGUUGCAGAUGUUGCAUGACAGCAUAAAAAAGUCUAUAGUUUAAAGCACGAAAUAACAGAUUAUUCUAUUGAUGAAUGAAAGGUUGAAUUCAUGUGCAGUAAAAUGCAUCUUUUUCUCAUUUUAACGCACUCAAAGGUUUUGAUGAUAUGACCAGACCAAUCUGCUGUUAGCAGACUUGAAAUAUAUAUAUCAAUGUGUGACUGACAUUAGAGCCAGUUUGCAAGCUGUAUGAUUCUCUGCAAGCUGUGCCACUGAUAUCUUCUCAAUAUUCUGCUACUGUUUUUAGUUACUGUUAUGUCAAACUUUUCACAUCUGGCUGUAGUAACUGUACACACAAGGGUAAAAAUUUGCUUAUGCAGCCCCUGUUGACUGCCCACACCACACCUAUCCCCUUCUGUGCAUCAUGUAUGCACCUUGUCCUCUCCCAGUUUCUCAUUAAAGGUAUACUCUGCAGGUUUGUCAGUAACUGUUUGUGA